AUGGAUGAAAUAAUAAAUGCUGUUGCUUCAGCAUCAAACUUGUGUGCAGAUGAUACUGAAAGUGAAGAAGUAUGGCAGAUGCGAUGUAUGAAUUGCGUUCGAUGUCAUCACAAAGAAAAUUGCGGCAAGUGCAGAGCGUGCAUAGCGAAUCCGCCGCGCACGUGCGAAUCUCGGCGGUGUUUUGCCGCGAAGAAAUUGUAUGAGGAGAAAUUGAAAGCCGAGCGGAAGGCGAUGCAACGCGCUCGAAUGCAAAUGCUGAAAGAGCAAGAAGCGGCGAAAAAGGUGGAAGAAGCUGACGAGCCUGAGGUAAAGAAGCGAGGAAGGAAAAAGGGGCAGCCGAAUAUGAAGGCGAGAAGGAAAACUGUUGAGAAGGAGGAGGUUACGGUUACAACAAGACCUACACGGCAAGCUCUCGCCGAAAUGAGAAGGAAAACAAUGGUUGUUGAGACAUUUGAGCCACGACAAUGUUUGAAUCCGGAUUGUAUCAACGAAGCUAUGGAAGAUAGCAAGUAUUGUAGUCAAGAAUGCGGUGAAACACUGGCUAGGAUGAGACUGACCGAAGUUCUCCCAGCAAGAGUCAAAGAAUAUUUUGACGGUCCGCACACGCAUGCUGCAGAAUUACAAAGGAGACUUGAGAUAUUACAAAAGGAAUUUGAGGAUAUCUCUGUAGCGGAAGGCAAAAUGCUUGCAUUUUUAGACAAAUUGCACGAUUAUGUUUCGAAAGUGGCAAAUGUCGCUCCAAAUGGGAAAGAAGAGAAGGACGAUGAUAACUUGUGUGAAGCUUGUGUUGUGUGCGGACAAUCCGAUAUUCCCCUCCGGAAGUAUGCGAAACACGUUGAGGCUUGUUGGUCGAAGAGCGAGAAAAUGAUCUCUUUCACUUCAGCUGAGAUGUCUGUGGCAACGAAGUUUGUUCCCUACUGCGAGCAAUAUGAUGCGAAACAGAAUGGUUAUUGUAAACGGCUCAAAUCAUUGUGUCCUGAGCAUCGGAAGCCGGGAUUAGAGCAAUAUAUGAAAAUUUGUGGCUAUCCGUCAAAAUGGGAAGAGCCUCAUCGAACGAGCAUCACUAUUGCUGAGCUAUUCGAACAGAAUGACCCGUUUGGAGAAACUGGAUGUCUUGUGCCGAAAAAUAGUUGUUCGAGACAUAUAAAAUGGGUUCCAGCUCUUCGUGGUGCUAUUGAGCUCGAGCAAGUUACUAUUUUAAAUAAAGCGCUGGAGAGAAUGUCGGGUCGAGCAAUCCUGGUUUUUGACGUUGAUGGAACACUCACUGCUUCGCGUCAGAAAAUUACCCACAGAAUGCUGGAAUUUAUGACAGAAGCUAGGAAGAAGCUCCCACUUGCAAUUGUUGGUGGCUCCGAUUUUCACAAGAUCACUGAGCAAUUGGCCGAUAGCUCCGAAGAUUUGCUCAGUCGAUAUGAUUACGUUUUCUCCGAAAAUGGAUUGUUUGGCUAUAAGGGCACUGAACAACUUCCGAAGCAGUCAAUUGUUCAAACUGUCGGCGAUGCGAAACUUCAAGAGCUCAUCAAUUUCGCAUUGCGAUACAUGUCGGAUAUUGUUUUGCCGGUGAAAAGAGGCAAUUUUGUGGAGUUUCGAAAUGGCAUGAUAAAUUUGUCUCCAAUUGGAAGAAGCUGCUCAUUGGAGGAACGUCUUCAGUUUGUUGAAGUUGACAAAGCGCAAGGAAUCCGAUCGAAAUUUGUGAAAGCUCUAGAGGAGAAAUUCGGAAAAGAUGGACUCCAAUUUGCGAUCGGCGGUCAGAUCAGCGUGGAUGUAUUCCCGAAGGGAUGGGACAAGACAUUCUGCCUGCGCUACCUCGAAAACGACUAUGAUACUAUUCACUUUUUCGGCGAUAAGACCGCACCGGGUGGAAACGAUCAUGAGAUUUUUGCCGAUCCGCGCACUAUCGGCCAUACCGUAACCGGACCGGAAGAUACCAUUAAACAAGUCACGGAGGUGUUCGAAGGGAUGAAUUUAUAG